AGCUACUGCCUCCACUCCCACUUGUUUGCUCCAACUCAAACCCCCUCUUUUAGGGUAAAAUUAAGUUACUCCACAUUCCAAGUCAUGGAUACGUCCUUUUCUUUCAACCCUUGGUUGGUUUUGUGUCUUGUAUUGGCAGUAGCUGCUGCUGCUGCUCCCAAAGCCCAGUCUCGGGCUUUCUUCAUCUUCGGUGAUUCCCUCGUCGACAAUGGCAACAACGACUACUUGGCCACUACUGCUCGGGCCGACUCUCCUCCUUACGGCAUCGACUUCCCUGGUCAUCGUCCCACCGGCCGGUUUUCUAAUGGCCUUACCAUCCCCGACAUUAUUAGUGAGCAUAUGGGCACAGAAUCGCCAAUGCCAUACCUUAGUCCAAUGCUGAAGCAUGAGAAGCUGCUUGUGGGUGCCAACUUCGCCUCCGCUGGUGUUGGAAUCCUCAAUGACACCGGAAUACAGUUUCUGAACAUAAUCCGAAUAUUUAAGCAAUUGGAGUACUUCGAGCAGUACCAGACGAGGGUGAGUCGUAUGAUUGGGACUGAGCAGACCCAGAGACUCGUUAAUCAAGCAUUUGUUCUCAUAACCCUCGGCGGCAAUGAUUUUGUCAACAACUACUACUUGGUUCCCUUCUCCGCCCGAUCUCGGCAGUAUUCGCUCCCGGACUACGUGCGCUAUCUCAUCUCCGAGUACCGGAAAGUUCUAUCGAGGCUGUAUGAACUGGGGGCUCGACGAGUUCUAGUGACGAGCACCGGGCCGAUGGGUUGCGUGCCGGCGGAAUUGGCGCAGCGCAGCCCCGACGGCCAAUGUGUGGUGGAAUUGCAGCGAGCUGCGAACUUGUUCAACCCACAACUUGCCCAGAUGCUGAAUGCCCUCAACCAACAAAUAGGAAGCGACGUUUUCAUAGCUGCUAAUGCCUUUCGAAUGCACAUGGAUUUCAUCUCAAAUCCUCGAGCAUAUGGGUUUGUGACAUCAAAGAUAGCAUGUUGCGGGCAAGGACCCUACAAUGGGUUGGGACUUUGCACGCUGGCAUCCAACCUGUGCCCCAACAGAGACAUCUUCGCCUUCUGGGAUCCCUUCCAUCCUUCAGAAAGAGCCAACAGAUUCAUAGUGCAGAGGCUAUUGACCGGCUCCGGCGAGUACAUGAACCCCAUGAAUCUCAGCACCAUCAUGGCCUUGGACUCCACCACCUAAUCCUAAUCCUAAUCCUAUCUAUCUAUCUAUCAAUCUAUCCAGUGCCAAUAUAUUUUCUUCUCCACAAAUGCUAUAUAUAAAUAUUUGUCUUAAAUUAAUGGUGUUAGUGUUUUCUUAAUUAAUUGUUGCUUUGCUCUAAAAUGUGAUGAAACUAGAGGAGUACUGUGUGAUAUGCUUCGGUUUCUGCUUCCAUUGUUUGCAUGAUGAUGAUUAGGCAGCUUCAUCAAUAAUAUACAGCGUUUGUAUGAGAGCCCCAGCAAGGAGCUUUCCUUUCAGUUUUGUAUUCCUUCCCUCUUAUUUGUCAAGAAUGUGUUGUGGUGGCCAAUGUACGUACUUUAUGGGGACAUGUGUCUUAAUUAAAGCCAAUAUAUAUAUAUAUAUA